UAAAAGGAGGCAGAGAGCAUUGGACGAGUACUGAGACCAACUAACACAAACACAGGGGUGCAGGGAGAGACUGUGAGAAGGUCAAAUUAAGAGAAAGUCGAGGAGACACACCUGUAGACAAGUUCUUCCACAGAAGGUGGAGCACCGCGGGAUGCGCUAGCAUUAAUCCUCAGUCUGACCUCACCCAGCAUCGGCAAACCCGAUCGGCACGGCGCGCUGCAGAAUGAGGAUACACUGCCUGACGAUGAGGCAACUUGGGCAUCAGGGCAAAGUGGUGAUAUUCAUCUUCGCCAUCUGGUUUGCCAAACAGCUCAGAGACCUCAUUUUCAGUAAGAGUUGGGAACCCAUCAGCGCCCCCUGCAGGCCGCACACCCACGUCAUGUUCCUGAAGACCCACAAGACGGCCAGCAGCACGGUGCUCAACAUCCUGUGCCGCUUCGGCGAGGAGAGGGGGCUGCGCUUCGCCUUGCCCCUGGGGUACCAGUUCGGCUACCCGUUGCCUUUCAAAGCAAAAAUGGUGAAGGGCAACAACGAGUCCAACAGGACACAAGAGUUCAGCAUCAUGGGACAUCACAUGCGCUUCAACAAGUCAGAGGUCGAGAAGGUGAUGCCCCCCGACACAUUCUACUUCUCCAUCCUGCGGGACCCUGCCCUCCUGGCCGAGUCCUCCUACACCUACUACAAGGCAGUAGCUCCAGCCUUCAAGCAAGUUCAGAACCUGUCAGAGUUUAUCGACGACCCCUGGCACCACUAUGACCCGCGGCUGCGGAACAACCACUACGCCCGAAACCUGCUGUGGUUCGACUUCGGCCUGCCGCAUGACGCCAACUUCACCGCUGAGCUGGCGCGGGCCGGGGAGGCGGAGGUGCGCCGCAGCUUCCAGCUGGUGCUGCUGGCCGAGCACUUCGACCAGUCCAUGGUGCUGCUGCAGCACGCCCUCUGCUGGCCGCUGGACGCCGUCGUCUCCUUCCGCCUGAAUGCCCGGCAGCAGAGGGCGGGCUCAAGUGCCCAGCCGGUGCUGUCCGAGGAGCAGAGGCAGAAGCUCCGCGAGUGGAACGCCCUGGACUGGCACCUCUACCGCGCCUUCAACCAGACCUUCUGGGCCCAGGUGGAGCGUUUCGGCAGGGAGCGCAUGGACCGCGAAGUGGGGGCGCUGAGGUCCCGGCGGGAGGAGCUGGCCCAGCUCUGCCUGCAGGACAACGGAGAGAUGAUACAGGCCAGACAUAUUAAAGAUCAAGCCAUCCAGCCCUUCCAAAGUGGACUGGACCCAAUCCUUGGCUAUAACCUCAGUCCUGGGCUGGACAACGCCACCCGGGACAUCUGCCUGAAGAUGGUGCGGCCUGAGCUCCAGUACAAAGAUAUGCUGGAUGCCAAGCAGUAUGGGUCCCGGAAGCAGCAAUAUCAGAGAAGUAGCAGCACCCAGCCCUCCCCCAAGCACACAAAGAGGAUAAAGGAGACCAGAUCACUGGGCAGAAGAUGAACCAGACUAAGCAGGAAGAUCAAGAGGAAAGCCCAUCUGAGUCCAUCGCUGUCCUCCCUCCAGUGUGUGACUCAGGAUAGUUCAGGACAUAGUGACAGUAUUGGCUGGUCAGCUCUGACUGUUCUCAUUCCCUCUACCCCAUGUUAAGGAGAUGCAAGACCAGUGAAAAAUAUUCAAGUAAUCACAACAAGAAUGCAAACGGACUAUAGAGAUCACAGUGUUCCAUUUGCACUUUCAUUAGUGUUAUGGAUCCUCCUGAAGAUUACAAGUCAUUGUCCAAGGAUCGUGGGUGGAAGAGAAACUAGGAUUAUUUUCAGCACAGAGGGUGCCACCUGGAGUUUCUUUGUCACCAAGCUUUGAUGUCCACAAAAGUACCUUGCAUGUUCUGACCAAGAGGGUGAUGGAUUGUGGGUCUUCAGUUUCUUACACCAAGUAGUAGAUUUUGCUUUUAAAUAAUAAAAGCUGGGUGGUGAGGUGUGAUGCAACCAGCAUGUUCAUGAGUUCUUUCUCAGGCUCAUGUUCUGAAGAUUUUUGUGGCGAACUCUGGUUUGUCCACUUCAAUUUUGGUCUUUGCUUCACAGACAAGCUCCACUCCCCUGAGCUUGAUAGUUUUUCUGUGGGGGCUGGGCAGGACUUGGGGGUAUGUGGGAUCUCAUUUUUGGAGUUCUGGGGAUUUCCCUUGCAUUCAGCUUUUCUGGCUUUUCUACCUUGUGUCAUUUUUGGGGGUUUGUGAAAUAUUUUUCAGGAGGAAGGACAGGAGGCAUCAAAUCUGUGAUUUAUUGAGUUAAGUGGACUGUGUUACUCAGGGGCAGCACUGGUAAGAAAAAAUCACCACAAAAAUAUAGUCUUAACAUAAAUCCUAUAUUUUCCACAGAUUUUAGGAAUCCUUGUUUUUUCCCAUAUUUAAAAUUAUUUUGAUAACAUGGGCAUAUACUUGCCGAUAUAGUAUAUAUAUAUCUAAAAUAUUUAACAAAUAAUUAAUCCAUUUAAGUCUGAAGACACCUGAAAAAGACUCUGCAGCCGAAAU